ACUGGUGCAUCCCGCGUCUUCGCCUUUGACCAUCGAGUCCGCCGCGGCCCUUCCGACUGGCAUGAGAUUCCCGUGUACAACGUGCGGCACCGGGGCCCGCUGCACCGCGCACACGUGGACCAGUCAUACGCCGGGGCGGAGAUGGUGCUGAGGAAGAAGGUCCCUGAUGCAGACCAAGUGGGGGGUUUGAUGCAGAGGAGAUGGGGGAUUGUUAAUAUCUGGCGGCCCAUCAAGCCCGUCCACAAAGACCCCCUAGCCCUCUGUGACGCCCGCACCGUCUCCGACGUCGACCUCGUUCCGGGAUCUAUCAUCCUCCAAAGCGGACAGCGCAGGGAGUCUUGGACGGUUAAGCCCAAACCGGAACACAGGUGGUACUUCAAGUACCAACAGCAACCGGAUGAGGUGGUGCUGAUCAAGUGCUUUGAUAGCGACAAUUCCCCGGAGAUGGCGAGGAGGGCACCGCACUGCGCCGUGGAGGAUCCAGAUGCUAAAGAGGGGGAGUGGAGGGAGAGCGUGGAGGUUCGAUGUCUUGUUUUCUGGUGA